AUGGCUCCGAAGAAGGGAAAAGGAAAUGAUGCAGGGACGCCUCCACCACUGAUUGGAAGAUUUGGCACCUCAUUGAAAAUAGGGAUUGUUGGCCUUCCCAAUGUUGGGAAGUCGACCUUCUUCAACGUGCUGACAAAGAGUCAGGCUGCAGCUGAACAUUUUCCCUUCUGCACCAUUGACCCAAAUGAAAGUAGAGUGCCCAUUCCAGAUGAACGCUAUGAUUUCCUCUGCCAAUUCCACAAACCUGCCAGAGAAUUCCCAGCAUUCCUUAAUGUUGUCGACAUCGCUGGCCUGGUGAAAGGUGCUCACUCUGGCCAAGGCCUGGGAAAUGCCUUCCUGUCCCACAUCAGCGCCUGCGAUGGGAUCUUCCACUUGACACGUGCUUUUGAGGACAAGGAUAUCAUCCAUGUUGAGGGGACGGUGGACCCAGUGAGGGACAUGGAGAUCAUCCACGAGGAGCUGAGGCUGAAGGAUGAAGAGAUGAUCGGCCCUGUUAUUGACAAGCUGGAGAAGACUGCCAUUAGAGGCGUUGACAAGAAACUCAAACCAGAAUAUGACGUUAUGUGCAAAAUCAAGAGCUGGGUAGUGGAUGAAAAGAAACAUGUCCGCUACUAUCCGGAUUGGAACGACAAGGAGAUCGAUGUGUUGAACAAAUACUUGUUUUUGACAUCCAAACCAAUGAUUUACCUUGUUAACCUCUCCGAGAAAGACUACAUCAGGAAAAAGAACAAAUGGCUGGUGAAAAUCAAGGCGUGGGUGGACAGUCAUGACCCCGGGGCCUUGGUCAUCCCCUUCAGCGGCGGCCUGGAGAGCCAGCUCCAGGACGCCAGUGACGAGGACAGGCAGAAGCACUGCACGGAGCACAAGACGCAGAGCGCCCUGUGCAGGAUCAUCAAGGCAGGCCACGCAGCCCUGCAGCUGGAGUACUUCUUCACUGCCGGACCAGAUGAGGUCCGUGCGUGGACCGUUCGGAAAGGAACUAAGGCUCCACAGGCUGCGGGGAAGAUCCACACUGACUUUGAGAGGGGCUUCAUUAUUGCGGAAGUAAUGAAAUUCCAGGAUUUUAAAGAGGAAGGCAGCGAGAACUCUGUCAAGGCAUCUGGGAAAUACAGACAACAGGGAAGGAACUACGUCGUGGAGGAUGGAGACAUCAUCUUCUUCAAAUUCAACGCACCAAAUGCGGCGAAGAAAAAGUGACACAAGAACAAUCUGUUUGUUUACAUAACUGACUUUAUUGUUGCCUCUCUUUUCUUGGCUGAUACACACCGCCAGUUCUUUUUUCCUCCACCCGUUCUGUAGGAUCAAAUCCCCCCUCGGGUGCCAAAGCACAGGUUCAGUAAACUCUGACAGCUUUGCUAUUUAAGAUCAGGAUUGGCCCCCACUCCAAAUUGUAGCAGCAUUUGAAGGAGCAUAUUACUCUCCAGAUACUUCAUUAAUCUCCAUCACGGGUGCCAGCCCUGACACAGCUGACAGCGGGGACAAUGCCACCUGCUCCUCUCCCCCUUCUACAGAUAAUACAUGUUUUACAGUAGCCCAGAU